CAGCUUGAUGAGCCAUUUUUAGUAUUAGAUUUAAAAGAAAAUGAAAAAUCCCUUUUUCACACAGUAUAUACUAAAAUAGGAAAAGAAUGUCCUAAACUUAAAAUUAUUGUAGCUACUUAUUUUGAAGGACUGAGAGAUAAUUUACAAACAGCUGUUUCUCUUCCAAUAGUUGCUUUGCAUAUUGACAUAGUUCGUUAUCCUGAACAAUUGGAUGAAGUAUUAAAUACAUUGCCUCCAAAACUUAUAAUAUCAUUGGGAGUGGUUGAUGGAAGAAAUGUUUGGAAAAAUGAUUUUACGCAAUCGCUACAAUUUAUUGUCAAGGCAAUAAAUAAAAUUGGUUCUGAACGAAUUAUGUUGGCUCCUUCCUGUUCAUUACUUCAUUCACCUUGUGAUUUAGAUUUGGAAACUAAUGAAAAAGUAUUAAUACCUGAAAUAAAACAAUGGUUGGCAUUUGCCAAACAGAAAAUUGCUGAAAUAGUUGUAUUAAAAUAUUUAGCGUUAAAAGAUAAUAUGGGAAAUAUUACAAGUAAAUUAAACGAAAAUAUAAGUAUACAUAAUAGUCGCAAAAUUUCAAAAAUUAUUUAUAAUGAAGAAAUAAAACAACGUUUAGAUGAAAUUACAGAAAAAGAUACUAAACGAGAAAAUAUUUUUUAUGAUCGAAGAAAAAAGCAAUACAGAUCACUUAAUCUUCCCUUAUUUCCAACUACUACAAUCGGUUCAUUUCCUCAAACACCGGAAAUACGUAAUUGGAGAGCAAAAUUGAAAAAGGAGGAAAUUACAAAAACAGAAUAUAAUGAUUUUCUAAAGAAAGAAACUAAAAAAGCUAUUCAUUGGCAAGAAGAAAUUGGUAUUGAUGUAUUGGUACAUGGUGAAUUUGAGCGCAAUGAUAUGGUAGAAUAUUUUGGUGAACAAUUAGAAGGAUUUGUAUUUACCGAAAAUGCUUGGGUACAAAGUUAUGGUAGUCGUUGCGUUAAACCUCCAAUAAUUUUUGGUGACGUAUAUCGUUCAAAUCCAAUGACUGUAGAAUGGUCAAAAUAUGCCCAAUCCCUUACAAAAAAAUACGUGAAAGGAAUGCUUACAGGACCUGUCACAAUUUUACAAUGGAGUUUUGUUAGAAAUGAUCAACCUCGUUGGCAAACAUGUAUGCAAGUAGCAUUAGCUAUUCGUGAUGAAAUUAUUGAUUUAGAGAAAGCGGGGAUUAAAAUCAUUCAAAUUGAUGAACCUGCUAUACGGGAAGGAUUACCGUUAAGAAGAAUAGAUUGGGAAAAUUAUUUAGAAUGGGCUGUUAGAGCUUUUCGUAUUGCUACAAGCGGUGUUAAAGAUGAAACUCAAAUUCAUACACAUAUGUGUUAUUCUGAAUUUAAUGAUAUUAUUCAUAAUAUCGCUGAUAUGGAUGCAGAUGUAAUCACUAUUGAAUGUUCACGUUCACAAAUGGAAUUAUUGGAUGCUUUUGCUAAUUUUAAAUAUCCAAAUGAAAUAGGUCCUGGAGUUUAUGAUAUUCAUUCUCCAAGAAUACCUUCAAGAGAUGAAAUAAUUUAUCUUUUAGAAAAAGCAAAAGAGGUUAUUCCUGCAGAACAAUUGUGGGUUAAUCCGGAUUGUGGAUUAAAAACUCGUGAUUGGGAAGAAACUAAAAAAGCGUUGAUUGAAAUGGUUCAAGCUGCAAAAAGUUUACGUAAAAAAAUUACUGAAUCUGUUUUAUUAUAG